ACAAACAAACGGGUUGCAACCCGACCUGUGUUGAGAACCCGAAAGUUGUCACUUUUUUUUUUUUUUUUUCGUAAACCUAAACGAAAGACUUUCUUUUUGCACAGUCGAAGUUGGAAGAUCUUAAGAUCUACUGCAGAUAUGGCGGACGAAGCAAACAGAACUGCUUUUCUAGAGAUUCAAGCAAGCAUGAUUGAACUCACCGGGAAGCUGAAGCAGGUGCAGAAUCAGAUGCGCAACAAAGAAGGAGAUAAAAAACGUGCUUUCUUAACAUUGGAGGAGUUAAGGCCAUUGCCUGAAGAUACAAACACCUACAAGUCAAUAGGAAGAACGUUUGUUUUAGAGCCCAAGGCAGUAUUAGAGGCUGAACAAGAGCAGAAACUCAAGGAUAGUGAGGCUGCAAUUGCUUCUCUUCAGCCAUCGAAGGAAUACUUGGAGAAGCAGAUCGCAGAGGUGGAGAACAACUUCAAGGAGCUGUUGCAGCAAGAACCGGCCAUUGCUCAACAAAUCAUGUCCAUGUCUGUGUAACUUCUUGUAUUAUUAAACCAACAGUUGAACAAAAUCUGAGUUUGGUUCUGCUUUAUCAGAGCUUCUGGGAUUAAAUCCAUAAAUGGUGAUAAAGAUGAUCUAUUAAAAGUUUCUAAGUUUUUAUCAGA